CGCCCAGUCUGGCGUGACCACCAUGGAUUCGGCUGGGACAAAUACGGUGAACAUCCAGAGGCGGGUGACACAGUAGACUAUCCAGGUCACCUGUCCCCCAGCACGUUUCUCCAGUGGCUCACAGGACAGGGCCACAUUCCUGUCUUACCAGAAGAAAACUUCGGUCUUUGUGCAGUUCAAUCACACCUGUGACAUCCUGUAUGGUUCACAUACAGUUUGCCACCCAACAGUCGCUGCAUGUAGUAAUACAAUCCUCCUGCCUGAUGAGGCAAACACAACGUCCAGUCAGUACAUGCCAAAUGAGCCAAGUAGGCGUCAACAACAAGAUCAAAAGGGUCUAGAGUGUAUCACCCCUCUGGUGAAUUCUGUGGAGGAGACCCCGGAGUCCAUUGCCACUGAGGUGUCUGGGACCAUCCCUACAUGGAUCCGUGGCAACCUCCUCCGCAAUGGCCCAGGGAAGUUUGAGUUCGGAAACCAGCACUACAACCACUGGUUUGAUGGGAUGGCCAUGCUGCACCAGUUUAAGAUUGUGGAUGGCAAGGUUACCUACAGGAGUUGCUUCCUACGGAGUGAUGCUUACAAGAAGAACAGCGAGAGGGACCGCAUCAUGGUGUCAGAGUUCGGCACAGUGGCCAUGCCCGACCCCUGCAAGAACUUCUUUCUGCGGUUCCUCUCUCGCUUUGAAAUGAUCGAGGCGACGGACAACGCCAGCGUCAGUUUUGUCAAAUACAAGGGUGACUACUAUGUCAGCACAGAAACAAACUUCAUGCACAAGGUGGAUCCAGAGAGCCUGGAAACAAUGAAUAAGGUGGACUGGACCAAGUUUGUUGCUGUAAAUAUGGCCACUGCCCACCCCCAUACUGAUCCAGAUGGUACAGCAUUCAACAUGGGCAACUCCUAUGGCACCAAAGGUGCCUUGUAUAACAUCAUCAAAGUACCCUCUACAAAGAACAACCCUGAUGAAACCCUGGAGGGGGCUAAAGUGCUCUGCUCUAUAAUCCCUGCAGACAAGUCCAGACCCUCCUAUUAUCACAGCUUCGCCAUGACGGAAAACUAUGUGGUGUUCAUAGAGCAGCCUAUCAAGAUGGACUUACUGAAGAUCAUCACAUCUAAGCUGAGGGGAAAGGCGAUCAGCCAGGGGGUGUACUGGGACCCCAAACUGGACACAGUCUUCCACCUGGUUGACAAACACACGGGCAAGACGAGCUCAACAAAGUUCCACACCAAGCCUUUGUCAGUGUUCCACCAGAUCAAUGCCUUUGAGGAAGACGGCUUUGUGAUGCUGGAUAUGUGUUGCGCUGACAAUGGUGACGCCAUCAAAAACUAUUUGAUCCAGAACCUUCGCAAGUCAGGAGAGGCUCUGGAUCAGGUGUACAACACCACGUCCAGAGCAUUCCCCCGUCGCUUCGUUCUGCCCCUAAACGUGAACGACGACACACCUACUGGCGUUAACCUCAACACCCGUCCAGCGAGCUCCGCCACAUCUGUCAAAACGGCCAAAGAUGAGGUGGUGUGUCAUUUUGAAGAUCUUCAUGGAGAUGACCUGUUUGAGUAUGGAGGUCUAGAGUUCCCUCAAAUUAACUACAGCAAGUUUAACACCCGGCCGUAUCGCUACUUCUACGGCUGUGGCUUCCAGCACCUGGUGGGAGACUCACUCCUCAAGAUGGACCUGAAGGAAAAGAAACUAAAGGUGUGGUACAAGAAAGGUAUGUUCCCCUCAGAGCCUGUGUUUGUUCCCUCGCCGGAAGCCGUGGAUGAGGACGACGGUGUCAUCCUGUCUGUGGUGGUCACGCCUACUGAGGAUAAAAGUACAUUCCUCUUGGUUCUGGAUGCAAGGACGUGGGAGGAGCUGGGCAGAGCCGAGGUGCCGGUCAACAUUCCCUACGGCUUCCAUGGGGCUUUCAACUCCACUGCCUAAUACAGAUUUAGAUUUGAUUCGAUUAAACUUUAUUCUCAUUCAACAGUACAAGUACAGUAUAACGUAAUGCUGUUAGCUUCUACCCAAAAUAAAAAAUUGAAAAGGGCAGAAAAUGUACUAGUAUUUCCAAGUACUAAGUAUAAGUAAAUUACAAGUCAAACGUUUAAUUAAAGCAUUUUCUUACUGCGUUAAGAUCAGGUAGAUUGUGUCAACAUACGUCAAUGUGUGAUUGCCCUAUUCCAAACACAGGGGGGAGCUAGAACGAUGAAAAUGCUAUUAGUUCUCGAAAAUCAGCGCACACAAUGUUCACCUAAAAUUAUAGAUUAUAACAAAUUUAAAAGCGAAAUGUUUCUAGUUGCAACUUCAUCACUGAUAUAAUUAUGAAAUG